AUGAGUGUCUCUUCCGUCGGCCGGCCCAAUAAUUCCAACAAAUGCUAUCUUCUAUCGCUUCCAAAUGAGCUAUUGCAUCUCAUAUCCAAUCACCUUGGUGCCAAAGAAGUAACACGAAUGAUUACGACAUGCAGAUGCCUGUUUGCGGUCCUCGACACGUACCUCUAUCGUCGUAUUGCUGUCAUUCCUACCACCGGCUACAAUAAUGAUCUUACUCGCUGUGUACUCAAAGCUUCUGAGGGAAAUAAGCCAGACAUUCUCUCAAAGCUUCUCGCAUUAGGGGCAAACUUUGGGUUAUAUAAGGGCUACUACUCAGGCUACCACUAUCAUGGUUAUACCUCCUACCCUUUGAGACGCGCGGCUGAACUUGGUCAUGUAUCAAUCGUUGAGCUUCUAAUUAGUGGUGGAAUGCCCAUCAACCUUGGAGAAGGGGAGUACUGUGGAGCUUCUGCGCUGAUGGGUGCCAUACGACAGAAUCAAAUUGAAGUGAUCAGGUUGUUGAUCAGUCAUCGUGCCAACCUUGUCCCUUAUGGACCCUACCGACAUAAUCUCCCAUUGGCGAUUGCUGCUUCUCAUGGGUUCAAAGAUGCAGUAGAACUACUACUCCAUAAAUUAAAGGCCGGCGACUACCCUAGCAAGACCAUUCGCAGCCAUUGCCGGGAGGCGUUCUAUAUUUCACUAUGUCACGGUUAUUUCGAAAUCCUGAAAUUUCUUCUCGACGGUGGACUCGAUCCUAAUUUUGCAAGGGGCCACAGUAGCAUGCUUUAUCAUGCUGUAAACAGAUCUCGUGGCCCGAUCGUGGAACUCCUCUUGAAACACGGUGCAACGGCCAGAGACAACGAUCCUCUGUUGAUGAUGGCUUGCCGGAAUAAAAGCUUCGACGUGGCAGAGAUUUUGCUCAAAGCCAAAUUGAGCCGGAAGUAUUUAAAGUGGGAGCUCGAAUGGGCCAUCCAUAUGGCGGAAACCGCGGAUCGUGCCGAUGUCGCAAAACUUGUACGCCAGUUGCUUCGAAGACAGUCGCGAAUGAAAAAUCAGAAAUAGGUGGUAACCAGGCAAAACACCUCCUCAGCAGCAGGCGACGAAAUGAUUCUUCGGAAUGAAGUCUAAUUAUUGCUAUUAGGACUACUUAUUCUAACAGCUCUCAGCAUGGUGAACCAACAAGGGACUUUACACUAUACUUUUUACAACGAACAAUACAAUUCAUGCAACUUGGCAUGAU